AUGAAAUUGAAGUUUAUGACAAGAAACACAGAGAAACUCAAGGAGACAUUACUGCUAAUCUCACAUCUAAGAAAGUUUGUUAUACUUAAAUUCACGCCGGAAGAACUAUGUGUAAUUCUGGUCAAUGGAGGUUCUGCAAACCUGGAGCCUCAGGUGUGGUGCAAGUUUCCAACUGCUAGGCACUUUGAACUGAUGGAAAUUCAAAGUAUGAGAGAGAACACCAUCCUGAUGGAAAUCAACAUUGAUCUUUUGCUUCAAACGUUGAAAAAUUUUGACAAAGCAAAUAGUGAGGGACUAAACAUUAGGUUGCAACGAACAGAUACUACAGGCGAGCAAGGCGUCGCUACAAAAAGUGGCCGGACCGCGUCACUUGCAUUAUUCUAUUCAAACAUAAACAUCAACUCUAAUGUGGUCAACCAUACGUUCCGUAUACCUGUCAAGAUAUUGCGAGAGGCACAGGAUUUGUUGCGCGAGCCAUUGCAUACAGACCAUGGUUUAAUCAUGCGACUACCCAAUGAGUUUGUAACCAUGUUCAAAAGAUUGGAUAAAUUCAAAAAGACUGCAUUUAAUGACCGUGUCGUUAUCCAGGCCAGUAAAAGAGAUGGCGGUCUAUUACGGUUUGUUUUAGAAGAAGACGGGAAGUUCAAAGUGACUGUGGCAUGGAACAACAAGUUGGAAGUGCACAGACCUACAAAUACUGAUACCGAUUAUUCUGUGCGAGAGUCAUUAUAUAAAAAUGGGAAUCUACAUCUGUUGAAUACGGAGAACGGUAAAGAAGCAACUCAUCAUGAUUAUAAUGACAAUUAUGAAGAAGAAGAAGAGGAUGAAGAUAGCCUUGGCGAAGUUGAAAUUUGUGUGAAACUAAAAGAUUGGCAGCUGGCAUCGAAAAUUGUAGGAAGGUGUCGCACGGUGCUAUUAUAUAUUGCCCCGCAAAAGUGUAGUUUACACUGCCUUCUAGACGACACAGAUGACGUGGAGCUUAUAUAUUUCAUAAAUGGAGUACGCAACUUGUGA